GGAACUGGUGUGAUUAGCCCUGCCGCAGUGACUGGAACACAGAGUGGAGUGGUCGCCGGAGAUGCCUGAAGGUCUGUUCUGAGGAGCGGCUAGCAGCGCGAUGGAGCGGGCCAGGGACCGCUUACACCUGAGACGGACCACGGAGCAGCACGUACCAGAGGUGGAAGUACAAGUCAAACGCAGAAGGACAGCCUCACUGAGCAACCAAGAGUGUCAGCUCUACCCAAGGCGAUCUCAGCAGCAGCAAGUACCUGUGUUGGAUUUCCAGGCGGAAUUGAGACAGGCAUUCUUAGCAGAGACACCAAGAGGUGGUUAAAGCAGUAUUGGAACAUCCAGGUUAGCUGAUUUCCAAGUGAAAAACCAGGUUAGAGCUGAUACAGUCAUGGUCAGUAAUAAAUAAUGUGCUUGGAGGUCACUUUAGUUAUUUGGGAUAUAUUAAAAUUUUUUCCUUAAAAAUUUCAUAUUACAAGCAGAAAGUUAAAAAAUGUAAAAGCAAUAGGAUCUUGACAUUCUUACCUUGAUAUUUUACUUUCCCAGUUAUACAUGCUUGUUAAGUAGUUUUACUCAUAUCUAAAUUCUAUUGAUUUUUCAAAUUAAUCUUAUAUGAACAUACUUCAUUAUAAAUGGCUGCUAAAUAUCUUGUGAAUCAAUGUUUUGUAAUUACCUUUUGUGAGAAACUUCAUCUUUUUUCCUGGUAGUUUCAAUAAAGCUUCAGUGGACUGCUGAGCAUAACCUAUCAGAUGGAAUUAUUUCCUCAGAUAUGCAAAUGUGAAAAUAAAUUGAAUCAGGAAUAUAACCUUAGGGUACAUUUUUCUAAACUGUAUUACAAAGUAUUAGUCUCUUUUGCCCUGAAAAUAAUAAGAGUGCCUGAUGACGCUAUACUUUUACCUGCAUUGGUUGUUUUAACUACAUAUCAUUUGUGCCUACUGAAUUAUAAAUAUACAUCACAUUCUUAAAUAAGCUAAAUAAUUUCCCAUGCAUAUUUGCUAACGAUUCCUUUUUUGUUUUCUCUUUUUUCACUUUUGUUUUCAACAGUGUAGUUGAAUCAGCUGAUAAUGUAUCAGUGUAUUUGAUUCAGCUGACAAUGUAAUAAAAUAUUAUCCAUGAUUUUUU